UUCCCAUCAUUGUGGGAUUUUGCUUUUUUGCUUCUUUUUUACAGGUGUUACAAAAAUCACAAUUCCACAGAUAAGAAAAUCCAACCAGAAACAAUAAAACAUGGAAAUGUGUGCUCAAUAUUGAAUUAUGAUGGAACAAUUGCAUAUGAAGACUUCAUCACUGCUACACAGGAUUUUGACCUCAAAUACUGCAUUGGAACUGGUGGCUACGACAGUGUUUAUGAAGCCAAACUGCCUAGCGGUCAAACGUUUGCUUUGAAAAAACUCCACGGUUUUGAAGCCAAGCAACCAGCAUUCGACCAGAGUUUCAAGAAUGAAGUCCAAGUGUUAACAAACCUAAGGCAUAAAAACAUUGUCAAACUCUAUGGUUUUUGUCUGCAUAACAAAUGCAACUUCCUUGUAUAUGAAUACAUGGAAAAGGGGAGCCUGUUUUGUGCCUUGAGUGACAGCGAAUUAGCUGUUCAAGUGGAUUGGAUCAAGAGGGUGAACAUUAUCAAAGAUGUGGCUCAUGCUUUGGCAUACAUGCAUCAUGAUUGCAGCCCUCCUAUUGUUCAUAGAGACAUAUCAAGCAACAACAUUCUCUUGAACUCAGAACUGGAAGGAUUUGUUGCUGACUUUGGAGCAGCCAGAUUGCUCGACACAGAUUCCUCCAACCAAACGGUAAUUGCAGGAACUUUGGGAUACAUUGCUCCAGAGCUUGCGUAUAACAUGAUUGUGACUGAAAAAUGUGACGUGUAUAGCUUUGGGGUGGUGGCGCUCGAAACAAUUGGAGGGAAACAUCCUGGAGACCUCCUCUCAUCCCUGAACUAUUCGACUAGUUGUGGUACAACUUUGGAAAAUAUAUUAGACAAGCGACUCCCUUAUCCAACCGAUAGAUCGACUGAAAAGGAAAUUGUGCGUGUUUGUAAUGUAGCAGUAGCGUGCAUUCGCACAGAUCCAAAGUGUUGGCCGACAAUGAUAGAGGUGUCUCGGGAAUUAUCAUGUUGAAGACAUCAUAUGGGCUAUCUGCAAGCUUUUUUCAUAUUGUACUUGUGUCACCGUGAAAUAAACUUAAAACUUUUAGAACUGUUUGCAAUGUGGAUCUUAAAAGUAGUCUAAAUAAAGCUACGCACUUGAAAAAUUCUAGU